CGGUGCUCUGUUGCUCAGGUCUGAUCAGUGUGUUCGGUGUUCUGUGCUCUAGCAGGGAAACUAAUCGAGUAGGAUCAUUGUGCGGCUAAGCGGCGGGCUCUCAGGCAGACAUGUUCAGGAACCAGUAUGAUAACGAUGUGACGGUGUGGAGUCCUCAGGGGCGAAUCCACCAGAUUGAGUACGCCAUGGAGGCAGUGAAGCAGGGCUCGGCUACUGUGGGGCUCAAAUCACGCACUCACGCUGUGCUGGUGGCCCUCAAGAGGGCUCAGUCUGAGCUCGCUGCUCAUCAGAAGAAGAUCCUCCAUGUUGAUAAUCACAUCGGUAUUUCCAUCGCUGGACUGACUGCAGACGCUCGACUGCUCUGUAACUUCAUGCGGCAAGAGAGUCUGGAUUCCAGGUUUGUGUUUGAUCGUCCACUUCCUGUGUCUCGUCUCGUCUCGCUCAUCGGGAGCAAAACUCAGAUCCCCACACAGCGUUACGGGAGGAGACCGUACGGAGUCGGCCUUCUGAUCGCAGGCUACGAUGAUAUCGGCCCUCACAUUUUCCAGACUUGUCCGUCUGCUAACUACUUUGACUGUAAGGCCAUGUCCAUCGGAGCGCGCUCACAGUCCGCACGCACGUACCUGGAGAGACACAUGGAGCGCUUCCCUGAGUGUAAUCUGAAUGAGCUGGUGCAGCACGGCCUGUGUGCUCUCAGAGAGACUCUCCCUGCUGAACAGGACCUCACCACCAAGAACGUGUCCAUUGGGAUUGUGGGGAAAGAGAUGGAGUUCACCAUCUACGAUGAUGAUGACGUGGCUCCAUUUCUUGAGGGAUUAGAGGAGAGACCUCAGAGGAAGCCUGUCCAGGCAGGUGAUGAUGCCACUCCAGCUGCCUCCGAUGAACCGAUGGAACACUGAUUUAUUAUCCGUCUUCACGUCACGCUGAUGUAGAGAGAGUUUGAGGAGCUUCAGCGUUCAUCCUGAAUUUAAAUGCACGCUUCUGUUUGUUUUCUAUCUGUACUGAGAUCAGAUCAAUAAAACACGUUUCCAACAUUCA